CUCUUUCCCCUCGCGCUUUACCAGAUAUGUCAAUCCCCUCUCUCGGCACCGUGGAUAUCAACCAUGUUUCCUACGACGCGGCUACGAAUAGCCUGACAUGGACAAUGACGGGGGCGGCGGCCGGGGAUGAGGAGGGUAGGACGAGGACGCAUCAUGUCGUUAAGGGAGAGCGAAUCGUUGCUGUCGUCCCGUGCGCUGAGGGUGAGGAGGGGCUUAUGUCGUAUAUAUGGCUGGAGGACUCGGACUCGGACUCGGACUCGGACUCGGACUCUGAUCGGCCUGGAAUACUACGUGAUAAGCAGGACCAGUCGGAGCAUCCUUAUCCUUAUCCGUAUGAACUGAGACGAUUCGAAGCAGCGGGUGAAUGUCCCGCAGCGCUCCGGGAGUUCAUCGGCGGCGGUGGCAGUGGUCCGCAGGCUCGCCCUGAUCAUUUGUACCCCGCCAAAUCAUCACCGGAUAUCACCACCACCGCCCCCGAAUCCACAGACCCCAAUAACCUCCAUAUAAUCAUCUCCACCCUCUCCGGCACCCACCAGGCCAGCGCCUUCUACACAGCCCUCCUCAAACCCCUCCUCGCAACCCUCCACCUCCACGAACACACCGACUACACCCCGCACCCCACCACCUCCCCACACACAAUCACCCAUCUCACCCAGACCAUCUUCCGCCCGCGCGCCCGCCGCGGCAUCGCGCAGACCAUCAUCCUCCUGGCCGGCGAUGGCGGGCUGGUAGAGGUCAUCAAGAGCCUAACGGCCGUGUCUGCCGCUGAAGCCGCGGGGCCGGGCACCGCGCCAGUCUUCGUGCCGCCCGUCGUGGCGCUGGUGCCGAUGGGGACGGGGAAUGCGAUGGCGCAUUCUGCGGGGGUUAUUGGGCCCGGGCGGGAUGAGACGGUGGGGCUGCGCGGGGUGGUGGGUGGGGUGGCGAGGCCGUUGCCGGUGUUUGCGGCGAGGGUGUCUGCGGGUGCGGAUCAUGAUGAUCAUGAUGAUGGUGGCCGUGGUGGCCGUGGCGGUGGUGGUGGUGGGGAGGCGGAACUUUAUGGUGCCGUUGUGCUUAGCUGGGGCAUGCAUGCGUCUCUCGUUGCGGAUAGCGAUACGCCCGAGUACCGCCGUUUUGGGCGGGAGAGGUUCCAGAUGGCGGCGAAGGAGCUGCUGUUUCCGGCUGGGGGAGGGAAGCCGCAUGUCUAUCGGGGCCGGAUCAGUGUCACGACGACAACUACGGAUGCAACUACGGGAGGGGAAAUGCUACGGACGCGCCUGCUUGAGCGGAGCGAGCAUAUGUAUGUACUCGUCACGCUUUGCUCGACGCUGGAAAAGGGGUUUACGAUAUCGCCCUCGUCCAGGCCGCUGGAUGGGAAGAUGUGGUUUGUGCAUUUUGGGCCCAUGGAGGCCGGGACUGUGAUGGAGGUUAUGCAAUUGGCGUACGAUGGGGGUAGGCAUGUGGUGGACAAGGGCGAUGUGGUUGGGUAUGAGGAGGUUGAGGCUGUUAGGAUUGAGUUUUGUGAGGGGGAGGUGGAGGAGAGGUGGAGGCGGAUUUGUAUUGAUGGGAUGAUUGUGGUUGUGGAGGAUGGGGGGUGGGUGGAAGUCAGGAAGGCGAAGAGGGAGGUCAUGAGGUUGGUUGUGCCCGCGGGAAGAGGGUUGGGUGGUGAUAAUGGUGAGAGGAGGGACGUUAAUUAACAAAUGAUGAUGAUAUUUUGGUUUGAGGUUAGAGAGUAGUUGGUAUAGUUGUAGAUCCUUUAUAUACACCAUCGAUAUUAACGACGGACAUCGAGGAGCCUUGGAACGGAGUUUAU